AUGGCAAAUAUACACAGAUUGGGCGAUGACAACGACCAGGAAAAUAAUUAUCAGAACAUUAGGGGUAAUGGAGGAUCAUAGAUGAUGUCGAUGUUCGGUAAUUGUCUUCAUCUAAAACCAUUAGGAGGAAUUGAUGGAGACCCAAGAGGCGAGAAUUUUUUUCACAUGCUGAAGAAAUCGUUCUGUCCAAAACUUAAACCUAUUUCGUUUACCACAAUAAUUUCAGCUCUGAUUAUAAUUCUAUAUAUCACAAUGCUGGGAGUGGGAGGAGUCAAUAAAUAGGAUCGAUUUUUAUCAGUUUACAAGAAAACUUUGAAGGAUUUUGGUGGAAAUGAUCCAAAUGAAGUUAAAUAUAACUUUGAAAUUCUCAGAUGGGUGACAUCCUUAUUCUUGGUUACGGACUUCUAUAAUCUAGUGAUUGCAAUCUUUAUGAUAUUCAUCUGUUAUUCAAUCGUAGAGGCUACAUAAGGAUUGCAAUUAACAAUGAUAGUAUUUUUUGGAGCUGGCGUAAGUGGUGCAAUAUUUGGAGAUUUGUGUAACAUUUGCAAAUAUACAACAUAUUCUGAAACCUUUGCUUGCAUCUAUGCUUGUGUAGGAUUUUUGAUAGGAGUAUAUAAUUUAUUAUAUUUAAUAGUACAUAAUUUUAUAUUGGCAAAAAUUAGAUGCUUUGGGAGACAUGAAAUGUGCUUUGGUUUGCUUUGUUGCUAUGGUGGUAAUAUUUGUAAUGAUGUUCACUUUUGGAUCAGGAUAAAAUAGUUUUUAUGACAAUUUGGGCGAAUUGGGAGGUUUUUUGGGGGGAUUGUUUAUAGCUAUGAGUUUGAUCGAAGUGCCUUAGAGUGGGGAGUAUGAAACUAUUUGUCGAAAGGUCGGAUAUGGAUUUCUGGGAGUCUAAAUUGGAUUGAGUAUAAUUUUAUUAUAUUCUUUGUCAUGCAGCUGA